CCGUCUCCGGACAGUUCAGUUUAGUUCCAAAAUGGCUGUGUCUCAUCAUAGCUCCGGGCGUGUUGUCUACGGUGCUCAUUAACGGGCUAUGAUAGGCCUCAAUCAUAAAAAGACUGACCCAAGAUUAAAAGUGAAAUAGGAUGAAACUUCAAGCAAGUGUCCAAGCGGUCAUCUUAACUUUCUGCAUAGUCGUGCUUCAAGAAUGCGUCGGCAUUCUUCGAAGAUGCGUAACCUGCAGAUCGAGGGGAGACCUGGGCUCGUGCAAGGAUCCUUUCACUAUGAAUUCUACACAAAUUACGCUCGAAAAAGGUAUCGAUGCGGUGCCGUGCGUUUCCGGUUGGUGUGGAAAAAUCAUCGAGAGCCCAAAUUUAAAUAAUGAAUAUGGUACUGCCACGCAGAGGUUGUGUUUCCAGCGAGGUCCUGAUGACAAUGAGGAGAGAUGCGCUUAUACCGUGUGGAAUUAUAAGAAAGUGUACAUGUGCCUCUGUUACGGAGAUCUUUGUAACAUGACAAUAAGAACGACAGCCAAUGGCUUUUUAAUAAUAAUAGCUGUAUGCUUAACACGAUGGCUUAUUUGAGGACAUAUAUGAUAGUUUGGACUACAGUGAUCUUUUUUGAAGUGAUUUCCCGUGAAUUCUUUAGAAAAAAAGCGAGAUAUUCCAUACAAAAAGAACCCUGAUGGACAUAUGAUGUGGAUGUGUAAAAUAAUGUGUUCUUUAUAAUACAUAUCAUAAAAUAAUUACAAGUAAGCAGUGUUUUAGUAUUACAUAUAUUUUAAAAUAUAAAUUUUUUAAAUUUUAGUUUAUGUUAAUUUAGUUAAUUUGAGAAAAAUUUGAGAAAAAUCUAUCAUUAAACGUGGCAAACUACGACUCUAUAUGUUAUUAUUAAUUAGUAGUUAAAAUAAAAUAUACUUAAAUCUA